UUCAAGUGCCACCAGCUGUGACAGAGGUACCAGAUCCCAUCAGCUCCUGCCCACCAGCCCCGAAGACCAUGGAGCUCUCAGACAGCGACCGCCCCGUCAGCUUCGGCUCCACGUCAUCCUCGGCCUCCUCCCGGGACAGUCAUGGCUCCUUCGGCAGCAGGAUGACCUUGGUGUCUAGCAGCCACUUGGGCUUUUUUCCCCAGGACAAGGAGGCCGGGGCCAUCAAACUGGAGCUGGUUCCAGCCAGGCCCUUUUCCAGCAACGAGCUGCGAAGGGAUGCCGCGGGGCAGCCGGAUGUGGAAGAAGGCGCCAGCAGCAGGCAGCCCCGGGCCUCAUGGAGGGUGGACACCAACGGGACCUCCAAGCCUGGUGCAGAGUCAGCUGCCAGCCCCAAGCUCCUCUAUGUGGAUAGAGUCGUCCAGGAAAUUCUGGAGACGGAGAGGACUUACGUGCAAGAUCUAAAGAGCAUCGUAGAGGAUUACCUCGACUGUAUCAAGGACCAGGCAAAACUUCCUCUGGGGCUAGAAGAAAGGACGGCCCUUUUUGGAAACAUACAGGAUAUCUACCACUUCAAUAGUGAACUGCUGCAAGAUUUGAAAAACUGUGAAAAUGACCCUGUAGCCAUAGCGGAAUGUUUUGUGUCCAAGAGUGAAGAGUUCCACAUCUACACCCAGUACUGCACCAACUACCCCAGAUCUGUAGCGGUGCUGACCGAGUGCAUGAGGAACAAGAUCCUAGCCAAGUUCUUCCGGGAGCGUCAGGAAACUCUGAAACACUCACUGCCUCUGGGUUCCUAUCUCCUGAAGCCGGUUCAGCGGAUUCUCAAGUAUCAUCUCCUCCUGCAUGAGCUAGAGAAUCACUUGCACAAGGACACGGAGGGCUACGACGUGGUGCUGGAGGCCAUCGACACAAUGCAGCGGGUGGCCUGGCACAUCAAUGACAUGAAGAGGAAGCACGAGCACGCAGUUCGCCUGCAGGAGAUACAGAGCCUGCUCACUAACUGGAAGGGCCCAGACCUGACCAGCUAUGGGGAGCUGGUCCUUGAGGGCACCUUCCGCCUCCAGCGAGCCAAGAAUGAGAGGACCCUCUUCCUCUUUGACAAGCUGCUUCUCAUCACCAAGAAGAGAGAUGACACAUUUACAUACAAAGCUCACAUCCUGUGUGGCAACCUCAUGCUUGUGGAAGUGAUCCCAAAGGAGCCCCUCAGCUUUAGCGUCUUCCACUAUAAGAACCCCAAGCUGCAGCACACAGUUCAGGCAAAAUCCCAGCAAGACAAACGCCUCUGGGUGCUGCACCUCAAGAGACUGAUUCUGGAGAACCACGCAGCAAAGAUUCCAGCUAAGGCCAAGCAAGCAAUACUUGAAAUGGACGCCAUCCAUCACCCAGGCUUCACCUACAGCCCAGAUGGCGAGACCAGAGUGUCUGCUGCCUCUAAAGAUAGCUCUGCCCCCUACCGGCUCAGAAGGAAAUCUGAACCUUCUUCAAGAUCACAUAAAGUUUUGAAAACCAGUGAAACAAUACAAGACAUCCAAAAGGUGUCCAGGGAGGAAGGCUCCCCCAGCCUGCCCUCCACAGGGCCCACACCCACCCAGGGGCCCAGUCAGACCAGCAGCUCCACCUUCUUCUCUGUGCUCCGCGGGGGUGGCACGGUCAGGAGCCUCUGGACCGACCCCCAGAUCCAGCAGGCCCUGUUCCCCAGCCGUCGGUCACCACAUGAGGAUGACGAUGACGACUACCAGAUGUUUGUGCCCUCCUUCUCGUCCUCAGAGCUCAGCUCCAGCCGGCUGUCUGAGGAGGGCACUUCCAGCCGCCCUUGCAGCUGGCACCUGGGCCAGCUAGAGCCCACCAACACCUCGGGCUCUGGCCACCGCGUGGUCCGGCGGGCCAGCAGUGCCGGCGAGAGCAACACGCGCCCCCCUGAGAUCCGAAUCCGGGACAGCACCCCGAGGACCCUGCAGGAACACCCCCAGAUGGAAGUUCAGGAGGCGGCCACUCCCUUCGGGUCGUCGAUGGAGUUGACUGUUGAUGACAUAGAUCAUGUCUACGACAACAUCAGUUUCGAGGACUUGAAACUCAUGGUGGCCAGAAGAGAAGAAGCUGAACCCACUCUUCCCAGAGCCCCCAGGGACUCUGCCCGCCCUAAGAGCACCCCAGAAUUGGGCUUCUCUAAAAAGCCAUUUGGUCAUGGCAAGAGUUCCCUGUACCCCCAAAGAGCUGGGACUCCAACGUUGCCAGAGGCGUCGAACCACAGCUCACAUGAACUGGGGGUCAUGGAAGAAAACAUCUAUGACACCAUUGGACUGCCAGAGUCCCCGUCAGUGGAAUUCAAUGGCAGCAGCCUCCAGAGGCCCAAGAGAAGCACCUUCCUAGGCCUGGAGGCCGACUUUACCUGCUGUGACAGCCUGAGGCCCUUUGUCUCCCAGGACAGCCUUCAGUUCAGCGAGGAUGAGGCCCCGGCCCCCCAGGGCCCCCUUGAGAACGGCUACCUGAGCCUCCUGUACAGCCCGUCCACCUGCUCCCUGGCCACGGCCAACAAGGCCAUCUCAGAUAAGCUGUCCGAGGAGGUAGAUGAGAUCUGGAACGACCUAGAGAACUACAUCAAAAAGAAUGAGGACAAGGCCAGGGACCGGCUGCUGGCCGCCUUCCCAGUCAGUAGUGAGGAUGUGCAGGACAGGCUGAGGACCCGGGAGAGCACACCCGUGCUGAGCCGGGACACAGCACACGCCUUGUCCACACUCUCUCUGCCCGAGAGCCCUGCUUUCCUCACUCCACUGAAAACCAGGCCAGGCCGGGCCGGUCAGACCCACUGCCCUUUGGAAGAAGACCUGCUCUCUGAGGAAGGCUCCUUCCUGAGCCUCAACCGGCUCUCUCUGGCCAGUGAAAUCCCUGCCAUGGAAAACCCCUAUGACUUGGCCAACAAUAGCCUGUCCCAGUCAGACCUGGAAACCCCUGACCUGGGCUUGGAAGCCACUGACAAAACCAAAAGUAAGGUUUUCAUGAUGGCCAGACAGUACAGUCAGAAGAUCAAGAAGGCAAAUCAGCUUUUAAAAGUGAAAAGCUCUGAGUUGGAACAGCCACCAAGCAGCCAACAGCACAGAGCAUCCAUGCACAAGGAUCUGGCCGCCAUCUUGGAAGAGAAGAAGCAGGGAGGACCUGCCAUCGGUGCCCGGAUUGCUGAAUAUUCCCAACUGUACGACCAGAUUGUGUUCAGAGAGCCUCCCUUUAAAACUCAGAAAGACGGCUGGCCCAACCCUCCAGAAUCUUCUCCUCUCCACCCUAUAUCACCUUCCCAAGCCCCACCUGGUAACGAGGAUUGGUUUUUGAAUUCUACCUACAGCAAUGGAGAGUUAGCGGACUUCUGUCCCCAGCCAGCAGAGCAAGACUUGAAGUCAAAAUAUCCCACUUUAGAGAUGAACAUGAAAAGUACUCCAAGGCAGUUGUCCACGGCUUGCUCUGUGCCUUCUCUCCAAACCCCCGACCCUCUGCUGAGCUCUGUACAGAGGCGAAGUGUGAUAGUCAGUCAGCCCAGUAAGGAGUACUCGUGUCAAAGCCAUCUCUACAACUCUUUGGGCAGAAAGGGAAUCAGUGUGAAACCCCAGCCUUAUAGCAGGUCCCAGUCCUCAUCCUCCAUCUUGAUCAACAAGUCAGGAGACUCCAUCAGCUACCCUAGUGAAAUGACAAAGAGUCAGCAGCUGCCUCUACAUCCCAGUUCCAGAGCUGGGAGUCAUCAGGACUUGCUUUCCAGUAUGGCUGUGUCCUGUCCACGGGGCACUGAGAAAUGCUCAGACCUCACACUCCAAGACUCCCAGAAGGUUCUAGUCAUCAACAGGAAUGUCCCCCUAAGUGCCCAAAUAGCUACCCAGAACUACUUCUCCAAUUUCAAAGAGACCGAAGGGGAUGAAGAUGACUAUGUGGAAAUCAAGUCUGAGGAAGAGGAGUCAGAGCUCGAGCUAUCUCACGGUCAUCGCAAGAGGUGUGACCCCAAGAUGGUGGGGGCUGGCCUUUCUGAAAACGUCUGCAGUGACAGCCCCCCAUCCUCUCUCAACAGCCCAUGUACUGUGAAAAAGCCCAUGGGCAGCAAGCUGGGGCUCUCCCCCUACCUGACACCCUGCAAUGACUCUGACAAACUGAAUGACUAUCUCUGGAGGGGACCGUCCCCCAGUCAGCAAAACCUCGUCCAGUCUCUUAGGGAAAAAUUUCAGUGUCUUAGUUCAAGCAGCUUUGCCUGAAGUUCUUCCGCAGAGCUGCCCACGUUCACUUUCUCUGUCUCGCGCUCAGAAGUGACAGACACUGCUGAGUGGUUUUAUACGGACCAGAUUCAAACUAUUUCUGGAGAAGCUAGAGGUGCAAACUAACCUUUCUUUGACAGCACAACUUUUUUUCAGGGGAGACGGCUGAUAGUCCAGCCAGAAUUGUCCUAUAGCCAGUAGUAGCAUUACAUGUGUGAGUUUUCCUAAUGCUGGUUUCUUCAUAUUUUGUGUGAGUCAAACUGACUUGAAACUUUUUAAGUGUUUUUUUUUUUUUCCUUUUUUUGACAUGGUAGCCCUCAUUAUUUUUUUCUCCCCAUAUUUCUGACAGCAGUGAGACACUCUCACCUUAUCUCAAAGUCAUGAGUACUUUGAUCCUGGAACUUAACAGAGUCUCUUCCUCACAUUUUACAAAAGAAAAUAAAUAAAAGGUAUUUGAAGGUUUAUGUAUCCACCAGGCAUGUCUGGGGCACCAGUGCCAAGGCUCUAGUGUGAUUUUACAAUUGCGUCUACAGUGCCCUUGUUAAGGUUUUUAUGUUGGAACCCUCUUCCCCUCCUCCCCUCCCCAAUCAGUUUGUUCCAGUGAAGAAUUCCUGGAGCCACUGGAGAUGAAAAAGUAGCAGGGUCGGUUUUCUAUCAGAAAUUCUUACCUGGAUUCCUGGACAAGGCCUGGAGAAUGUGCUGCUCAGUGUGUUCAUUUUUGUGUUUUCUAGGGCAAAAUAAACGAUUUCCUUUAUGGCUUAGAGAAAAAAAAAAAAACAACAGGUGCAGCCAGGGGAAGAUAGAGGACAGGGUCCAGUUCAGUCCCCACCACUGGAUUCCCCAGACUGAGCAGCAUUCUGGUUCCCACCCCCACCCCUUCUCUCCCUCUCUCAUAAAAGUCUUAAAAGUGAGUAAAAAUGCAGAUUGACUCAACUCUUAGAGAAGAUGGGUUGGCCUCUGGGAACAACCUGAUUAUUCUUCAUACUGCAUUUGAAAGGGGAAAAGGCGAGGGGGGGGGUAGAUAGCAUAAUGGUUACACAAACAGACUCUCAUGCCUGAGGCUUCAACGUCUCAGGUUCAAUCCCCUGCACCCCCAUAAGCCAGUGCUCUGGUUUAAAAAAAAAAAAAAGGAAGGAAGGAAGGGAGGAAGGGAGGGAGAAAGAGAGAGGGAAACCCUUCCCUUCGUGCUUUUCUCUGUACCUCUCUCUAACCAACCCAAAAUAACCCAACUUAAAGCACUUUAUUGUACACAUUUUCUUGAGUUUUGUCCUCAUCCCAGGAACCCAAUUCCAGCCUUGAGGAUUUUGUUGACUACAAUGAAAUUGAUGUUUCUAAACCAGACAGUGACACAGGAUGUUCUGUCUUGUUUUGAUUUUAUUGCUUUGAGACACAUGAAGCGACAGAACAGAAUCUUCUGUUACUAAGUUGUCACCAAUUGCACCUUACUUUUAUUUUGUUGUUUUUGUUAAGAUUAGGAAAGAGCAGUUCACUGUGACAGUAUGUACUGAUAGAAUUCUCUUAGUAAAAGAAGGUAAGGUACUUUUGUGCCCAAGCUGGUGAGUAAAAAAAAAAAAAAACCUCAAAAAUGCAGAAGAGAGAAAUAUAGGCAGGUUUGUUGCUACUUUCUGAAAUAACUCUGAUUGAAAACUCCAGUCAAUGAAACAAGAAUGUCUCCUCAGUGAACUUGGUGGAGGCCUUUUGCAUUCCACACUCCCCCCCCCCCACCGUCGUGUUUUAUUUUAAAAGAGUUGUGAUGAUACGUUUCAGUAAAAGAAAUGUCAGCUUUUCAUUCACAGUCAAUAGUAGUAUUGAUUCGAAUCAGUGACAUCUAAACUCACAUUCUGUUCAUCUCUUUUAAGUCCUCUGUCUCGUUUACUUAACUAUACAAUAAAAAAAAAAUGGGACCACCCUUCUUUUGCAAACCAGUUCCUGAGGUUUUUACUUUUUAAACACCUACUCAAACACAACCCAGCUAUCUUGCUUCUCCAUAUUGAACAGCACGAUUCCGAAAAGUACUCUUCUCUUUCCUUACCUUUCUUCCGACAUCAAAAUAAUUUUCAGGAUUGUUCAGUAUCAAACAAAGAGAAGUACUGUAGAAAGAAUACUCUGGGCUUAAAGUUAUUGUUGAGCAUCUGUAAACAUAAAUAAAUAACACAUAAGUAAAUACAUGUCCGUGACUCUUUUUGACCCAGGAAUGCUGAUCCCCAUUUUUCACUUUGUCGUCUGUAUGACCCAAAGUUCAUUAUUCUCUGUAAUGCUCUUGGUCUUAUAUUAUUAAUUCUCCCCACCACUGUCUUGUUGCAUGACAAUGUCACCUGAAGCACCCCCCCCCCCCCGCCUUCCCAGGUGCACAAAGGUGACUGGCUCUCUGUAUAAAUUAUGUGGUUGUCUUUAGGGUCUAGGAUAAACUUGUUUUUUUGAAGCACUUCUGUUGGAUAGGUUGCAGAUUUUGAGAGAAAGAGGUGUGUGUGUGUGUGUGUGUGUGUGUGUGUGUGUGUGUGUCUGUCUGUCUGUGUGUGUGUGUGUGUGUCUGUGUGUGUGUCUGUGUGUGUGUGUAAAAUCAUGUUCCUAUUUUUCCUUGAAGCUGCCAGUUAAGUGUUUUUGUUUUAAAAUUUUUGGAGGUGGGAUAGGGAUGUAUAUAAUUGGGGGGAAGUUCAAUGUACUUAAAAGUAUGUCAGGUUCUUAGGUUUCUGUAUUGAAGGUUCAUUUUUUUUAAAUGUAAGUUCAUUUUUCACCUACUCUAUUCUUGUUGCAAACAAUGCCUGUAGGGAAAUAGAGAUUUUAAAAUCGUACAAAUAAGAUAAUGAAAUAUCCAUAAUGCUCAUUAUUUAAUAAAGUUUGUAAAGUCCAAAGCAAA